AUGAGCUUGACACUCUACGAGCCUCGAAGCAUCUCGGUCAUCACCCUGUGCCUUUCGUUCUACUAUCUACUCUCGUCCUCGGUCCUAGGGGCGUUGCUGGCGAUCAGAGCGCUCUCGAUCGAGAACCUGCAGCGCUGGCCCAUGUUCAAGAUCCUGACCUGCUUGGCGCUUUUAGCGGCCUACCUCUUCGUCUUCGCCGAGGCCGUACUGGUGCUAGGGUUGCAAGGGGCGCAUUCCAUCGUCGCUGUAUGCGUGACCGGGACAUGGCUGUGCAUCAUCCUGUACAUGAUAUUCAAGCUCGUAUACUAUGGUACGUCCCUUCUCCCAGCAUGUAUUUUGUGCAAAGCGAUGAUUGACACUGACCUCAAGAUCAUACUCUUGCGAAAUGACACCGCGCAGUAUUCCUCAGUAAGUCAAGUCCCCGGUGCGCGCCUCGCGUCACGGUCUAGUCGAAGCCCCACGGGGACUUCUCUUUCCACGGUUUCCUAAUGAGUUCCACCUCCGUCCCAACAGUGGAACGCGUCCAUCUCGUCUACUCAAGCAAACGCAACAUCAAACUGCGCCGCCUCCGUGCCCCUUGGUACCGCUUCAGCCUCGUUGUUGUCGUCGCUUGGGCCGGCGUCGCGAUCGCCAUGGUCAUCGGUCGAAUCGUCGAGACCUCCAGUGAAGAGGACAUCUGCGUUAGUGGUGUACGACCAUACGCUUCGAUCGCUCUUCUCGUUGUUGAUGCGAGUGUUUGCACCGUCUUGGUAAGUCCCAGACCUCGUCGGAUGAACAAUUCUGCAGCAUUGUCGGCGUCGGCGCUAACGCUUCCGCGGCCCUAACCUACCUCACACAGACACUAGCGUUCGCGCUUCCGGUUUGGCGAUCGAGGUUCAGUAAAGCCCAACGUCUCGCUUUGACGUCUUGUAUCGCCACGGGUAUUGGGACGCUGGCUUCAUUCGGCAACCUCCUUUGGAUGACCCACGCCGAAGGGCGGGAAAAGCGAUGGGUCCGAGGGUUUAGCUCUUCUCUCGAUAGUAAGUCGGGUGACUGUUAGUUCCUCGCCGGAUCACAGCUGACUCUUACCCACCACCUCGUUGGCAUAGUCUUCAUCAGCGCCGUCCUAACCUUCAUCAUCACCAACGCCGGCUCCAAGCCCUUCCGCCCGAGCGCCACCGCCCACCCCAACGAGGCCAGCGCCGAUCGCAAAGACGACUCGACGUCAUCCCCAGGCUCCCACCAAGGCAGAACGAUGACUCAAGUACCUGUCCGUCCGCUCGACGGUGUCGUGAUCACUUCCCAUGUUGUAGAAGCCACGGAGGAGGACGAUGACGAGAAAGAAGAGGAUCAUGAUCUCGGUAUGGAUCAUAAGUCCGCCGUCGCUUCCUCAGGAUGGCUCGAUCGGAUCCUUUACGAACGCUCCGCCAGACGCAAGAAGUCUCUCGCAACCGUCCCCACCGCCGAACUGCCCUUCACUUCCAACACCAUCAUGCUCCAAGAAACGUCCUUCUCGAGACCCCAGACCGCACCGGCCGAACGAUCACGGACGGAUUCGUUGACCAAGGACGCUAGUACCGAGACGCGCAGUCUCAGAGGCGUGGGUUUGAUUGAACAUCGCGCCUGCGAUUCGACCCCUAGCUCGAGGACUUCGACGGUGCGUCAUACACGUGAAGAGGAGGGGAUGCAGAUGUGUUGA